AUGUUGGGCAAUAUCUUGCCGAAAGGAAAAGCCUUUGCGCGCCUACCCGGGAAGCGCCCAUCUACAGAUGUGAGGGGCGCGUCCAGUGAGAGUGAUGGCGACUCGCUACCUGGGUAUGCGCGGCAGCAACACAUGUGGUCGCCCGUGAUAUUACGCUCCGUGUCUCUGGUUGUGUUUGCGGUGCUAUUCAUAUGCUUUAUCAUUGUUAUCGAGGUGUUAUACUCGGUAUCUACUCGGAAGGAAGGCUUAAGCACGAGUGAGGAAAGAUAUCAUUAUCUUUGGACCUAUGGCCCGACCGCAGUUCUUACAAUUGUCGCGGGGUUCUGGGGCCAGGUCGAGUAUCGAACGAAACAGCUUAUGCCAUGGAAGCUCAUGAGUCAACAGCCAGAGCCCGCAACACGAUCCUUGCUGCUAGAUUAUGUGUCUGACUGGAACGUGGUCAUUCUGUUUCGCGCUCUGAAGCAAUCAUCCUGGGCUGUUGUUCUUGCCGUUCUUGGAACACUGCUCAUCAAGCUGAUCACCGUGGUCUCGACUGGUCUGUUCAUGUUGCAAAACGUCUACAUGAAGGAUGUUCCAACAACUCUAUUGACGCAAGCCAGCUUUGACGGUACUGGGUAUAAUGGCGCCAAGGUUGAUGGAACGGCUGCAAUGGUUGUAGCUGGGGCUUGGUGGCUUAACCUGUCAUACCCGUUGGGAUCGACCGAUAAAUACGCCUUCCAACCGUUCACAACCUCCGGCAAGAAGCUCGGUGCCGAUGCAAUCAUUUCAGGGACAGUCGACAUGUUCUCUGCUGAUCUUCAAUGCGACGUAGCAACGGUCGCAAAUUGGACUUCGGGUUGUAGCACACAAAUGUGCGAGCACGAUGAACUCAACAUGACGCUCAGUACUCCUUCCUGCUCGAAGUACCCGUUCAAAAGCUUCCAGAGAAGCUCCUCUUCGGUUGGGGGAUACUAUGCCGACGUAUUCAGCGCCGCAUGUACGGAUACAGAUUCAGCGGAUAGUCUGAAUGAGAAACGCCUAAUUUUCGCCGCCGCCCACUGGGAUGAGAACAGCACCCAAAUCCAGGCGCUCGUUUGCAGUCCCACCUACACCAUAUCGCAAGGAUCCGUCUCGCUGCUCUACGGCAAUCAGGGUGUGAUUAGCAUCCAAUCACAUAUCAACAGUUCUAGCAACAGGUCAAUCUCAGGGCUCGAGGCCCCUGCGCUCACGGUGGUGGUCAGUGGGCUGUAUUCAACACAGGACAUUGUAUACACACGCUCUGCUUCCAUUGCGCGAACUGACACCUUCAACACUACCAUCAGUCCUCGUUCCUCCACCACCACCGACCCUGGUCUCGGCCUCACAGGAGCUCUUGUCGUGGGAGCCAACCUAUCAUACCCCGCUUGGACGUAUGACGAGCUUGUUCUCCCUACUCUCAGUGAGGCAUCCCUCACCGAUAAGGAGGGGGCGGUUCAAACCAAUUCCUCCUCUUUUAACAGCACGUCCGACAGUCCCAUCCUCCUCAACGUCACCCUCCCAGCCCUCCGCGCCAACCUCACCUGCGAUGCACUCCCCCAAGACAUUGUUUAUUACAUCACUCCAGCCUCGGAUUUCUAUUCCACAUUCACCCUCCGCAUGCAGCUCGACAAGAAAUGCCAGGGUGUGGACACCUCGACUGACUUCGCCAUUGAAACCGAUUAUCCCAACGCAACACGAACUACAUUCGGUGCCUUCGAAUACCUCAAAGGUGCAAUCGCAUUUGGUGACUGCCCGGCGCUAAUGGGAUUUUACGGUGUAAUAGAUGGCAAUUCCACGGCACAGAUCCGCGGCUUCACCUGCAACCCGCAAGUCGACGAAGUCGAUGCGAAAACGUCGUUGUCACUCCCCGGUUUAGACAUCCAGUCGGCGACUGCGGACCACUCAACGAGCCGAGCCUUUUCAACAAAUAUCUCCACCACCCUCGUACUCGAAACCUUCCUUUCCCAGCCUGUCAACAAGCAAGACCAAGCGUUUGACGCCUUUUUCUCCGCCAUGCUCAAUGACCAAAAAUCCCUCUCCUUGUCCGACAUCACCGACCCAUCCCACUACUCCACUGUCAUCAACGCAACGCAACAUCUCUACGGCACCCUGAUGGCCCAGGCCAUGAAUGGCAACGCACGAAUCCCAUCCAGUGACAACAAAACUACCUUCCCUGGCACAAUCGUAGACCCGAAUCGUACCCGUCUUACACAGAGCGCCAUAUCUACCCGCAUCCUCGAAGCUUUUCUCGCAGCCAUGGUCGUGUCCACCCUAGUCGCAUCAUAUUUCAUGCAAACAAAAGAAGUCCUUCCUUUCAACCCAUGCAGUAUUGCUGGCGCGGGGGCACUGAUUGCUGGAUCGGAUGUGCUGAAGAGCGAUACAUUACCUGCCGGGUCGGAAUGGUGCAAUGAUAGGGAAAUGCUUCGAAGGGGGUAUUUCUCCGGCUUGGUAUUCGGGUUAGGAUGGUGGGCUGGGGACGACCCGAGAUUUGGGAUUGAUGUUGGGAGGGCAACAGAGGAGAGGGAGUAG